UUUGGCUCAGUUAGGAUGUGGGAAGUUUAACCUGAAGUUUUUUGGCCAGGGUCUUAGCGUGCCUUCGCACAAAGGAUGGCAUAUCUCAGCUUCAACGAGACGGUAAAUGCAAACCUGAAGUUUACGUCAGACAACUCUGCCGAAAAUGAGGAGAUGCUCAAGAAGGAUUUGCCAUUGCGGUACACAUGGUCCAUUUGGGAGCAGAUCAUGGCAAACGACAAGGCAGCAGCCUAUUCCGAUGCCACUCACAAGGUUGCUGCAUUCUCGACUGUGCAGGAAUUUUGGAAGCUUUGGAACCACAUGCCGCAACCUUCCGAGCUCUUUGAGCAGAAGCGCAUGGUGAGAGAGCAACCUGAUGGCCUGCACGUCAUUGAUGCGAUCAUGAUAUUCCGCGAGAACAUCCGUCCAGAGUGGGAGGACAAGAUGAACACAAACGGAGGUCAUUUUCAGUUUCAGCUCAAGCCAACCGUUGGCGGUGGACAGGUUGACGAGUAUUGGAACAACCUGGUGCUUGGCGUGAUUGGUGCAACGAUCGAGCCUGCCAAUAUGAUCACUGGAAUUCGACUUGUGGACAAGCUGUCAGGGCCGAGAGCUGCAGGGGUCAUCCGCCUUGAGGUCUGGUUCACCAACUACGAGGACUCAUCCGCAGUGCAAGCACUAAAGAAGAGCGUCGAGAAGUGCAUGGCCACCCGCCUGGAUGGAACGGUGGGAACACCACCGAAGUGUGAAACCAAGCCACAUCAGACAGCAAAACACUGAGCGGCGGGAGCAUUUCAGCAAACAGUGAUGAGGGAAGUGACUAGACAACAGAUAAGAAGUUUUGGUUUUGUUUGGUUUGAGGGAUAGCCUGGCGCACAACCUGGCGCACAGGCAUGAUGCCUUUGCAAGUACAAUUUCCCUUCGUGGUAGACACCACGGCCGAAUGCAAGCCGAGUCCAAGUAGAGCAGGACCAGGCCGAAGCAGGCCGAAGCGGGCCUCGCUCGGAGAGGCUCUGGCGAUGGGACGUCUUAUUGAUCCCA